GGGCGCAGGGAACAGGGCAGCGCACAGCCAGGAGCAGUGCUCACACAGCCGCUCGCAGCCCUGCAAGUCCCUGCACAGAGCUGGGCGUGGGCGGGGUCCCCUGCUCUCCCAAGUUCCCCGCUUUCCCUGGGGCUGGCCCGGGCCCCACCUCCUCCACGCAGGCGGCCAAUCCAGUCGGCACCGGCCCGUUCGCGGGGGCCGUGGCGGUCGGAGCCUGGGAGCGGCUGGAAAAGCGGCAGAUUCCACAUAUGAGUGAGAUCUUGCGAUACUUACAUUUCUCUGACUGGCUUAUUUCGCUGAGCAUAAUACUCCCCAGGUCCUUCCAUGCUGUUGCAAAUGCCACUGAAGAAGAGACCAAGAUGAACACAAAGCCUGAGAAGAAGUUUGGCGUGGUGGUGGUGGGCGUUGGCAGAGCCGGCUCUGUGCGGAUGAGAGACUUGCGGAGCCCACAUGCUUCCUCAGCAUUCCUGAACCUGAUUGGCUUUGUGUCCAGACGCGAGCUCAAGUGCAUUGAUGAAGUCCAGCAGAUUUCUUUGGAAGAUGCUCUUUCUAGCCAAGAGGUUGAUGUUGCUUAUAUCUGCAGUGAAAACACCAGCCAUGAGGACUACAUCAGGCAGUUCCUUAAUGCUGGCAAGCAUGUCCUUGUGGAAUACCCUAUGACGCUGUCUUGGACAGCAGCUCAGGACCUGUGGGAGCUGGCUGAACAGAAAGGGAAAGUCUUGCAUGAGGAACAUAUUGAGCUCUUGAUGGAGGAGUUUGCGUUCCUGAAAAAAGAAGUGGUGGGGAAAGACCUGCUGAAAGGAUCUCUUCUCUUCACAGCUGGCCCAUUGGAGAAAGAGCGGUUCGGUUUCCCUGCAUUCAGUGGCAUUUCUCGCCUGACCUGGCUCGUCUCUCUCUUCGGGGAACUUUCUCUGGUGUCUGCCACUUUGGAAGAGCGAAAGGAAGAUCAUUACCUGAAAAUGACUGUGUGCUUGGAGACAGAGAACAAACGUCCGCUGACAUGGAUUGAGGAGAAAGGGCCUGGUCUAAAACGAAACCGACAUUUAAGCUUCCAUUUCAAAUCUGGGUCCCUGGAGAAUGUGCCAAAUGUAGGAGAUAAUAAGAAUAUUUUUCUGAAAGAUCAGACUAUCUUUGUCCAGAAACUCUUGGGCCAGAUUUCAGAAGCGGAACUGGCUGCCGAAAAGAAACGCAUCCUGCACUGCUUGUGGCUCGCGGAAGAAAUCCAGAAAUGCUGUGGCUAAAAGAAAAAAAGAAAGCAGCGGGCUCUUCCAACAUGAAACCAUAGUUUGAUUUUUAUCAAGAGUUGGUUUUACCUCUAUUCUUGCAAUUAAACACAUCUUGGGGAAACAG